UUUGUAUUUCUGCUCGCCUUCUUGUUAUCAUUACUUUUCUCGUCUUGGCAACGAUAAAUCUGUUAAGCACGUGUAUCGCUAAAUCGAACCAUAUGUUAGGGGGUGUACGGGAUGUGCGCUGACGUCAAAGCGGAUACUGCAAGUCCGGCUUGGACAAGAUUUAGCAAGGGUCGACUUUAUCUGUGACGUAUGCGGAUUAAAUUAUCUUCACUCAUGUGAUAGUACUUCAGUUGCUUGUAUGCAUUUCGUUGGUUAGUCUCUUGUAGUUGUUAAGUUUUAAAUUAUUAAGUUUAUAGUUAAAAGUUUUUUUUCUUCUCAGUUUCUUGACUUUUAGUGAAUUAUUAGUUUUCUUGAUUUUCGGUAUGGAUAGAAGUGAAUCACUAAAGCGAAAGCAUGAUGAUAUUCAAGUUGUUCCUAAGAGGAAAGGCUUAUUUCAAGAAGGGUCGUAUCCAGAGCAUUACUAUCCGAUAGGAGAUAAUUUCUUCGUACUGGCCAGCGUUUAUGCUAAGAAGGUUGGCAUCCAUAUCAGAAAGUUCAACAGAUACGACGAUGCCUAUUACCCAUCAACAGUUGGGCUUACGAUUACACCAGAGCAGUUCGUUGUUGUAUUUAAGAAUGGUCCUCCUACGUCGAUUUUUGAUGUUGUGGAUAUAAAUCUUGCCUUGGAAGCUGUGAACAUUCACGACAAGAGAGAGUUCUAUCUACUGAUGUCUGAUGAAGGGAAAUAUACCCUGACCCAGGAAUACAAGUGCAGGAGUGGAAGAGUCUAUAAGUUUCCUCUAGAUGUUACCUUCUCCCAGUGGAACGCAAUUAAAAAGGCCCAGGACGACGUCAUUUCGAGCUACAUAGCCAUUAAGUUUAAGAACAGGAGCGUCUUGGAAACUUUCCGCACUGUGUCCAAGAGGAACCUGCCAGUUGAAAAACCUGUGAACGACCGCUACGAAGAGGCCGAGAAGGAUAUGAAUGUGUGCCUCACCCUCGUCUUAUAUAAAAACAUAGGACAAAAAAAAGACAUUCGCCCACCCGUAAGGAUUUGCGAUGAAGAAGUAGAAAUCGGUGACUUAGUGCCUGUAAGAGACUUCAAUGAGUCAUGUAUGCAUCUGAACGUUACAGGACUCGUUAGAGACUUUGAAAAGGAAUUGUGUGAAAACAUGUUGUUCCCUGAACGGGAGCCGUUAAUAAAUUAUUUGAGUGAACAGUACUUAAAAAAUAUUAAAUUGGAUGUAUGCAUCGAAGCUGCAAGAAAGGAUUUCUGUUCGUAUGAAUUUUAAAUUUUUUUUACUAUUACCUAAAUAAAUGUAAUUAUGUUAUAUCAAA